AUGUUAAACGGCACUACUGCGGAAGGAACGCCUGUGCAGGACACAGGGGAGGACAUGCCCUCGAACAGAAGCAAAGACCACAAUAAAAGUUGUCCGAAGCAGGCGGGAGAUUCCCCAAAAAAAACUGACCUAACCGAAACUAACAAAAUGAACAUGCUGGGAAAUGGGUUUGCCGCUCAUAUCGCCAUGGAGGCGCUUGCGAAGGCGUCCAGAUUUAUUUCAAAAAAUGAACGCAUCCAGAAGGAGUACAGCGGCAUGGGGCUAAAGAACGAAGAAGAUAAUGAGGACUCCGCGGAUCACCUGGACGCCAAAGGGCAUAACGCUCACGCAGGUGGAGCGAAAAUCGGGCCAAACAAGAAUCUCUUACCUGGUGCUCACCCUGUCAUGCCAGGAAUGGACAAGGAACUGCAGGAAAAGCUAAAGAAUCGACGGUGUGACGCGUAA